AGGAGCGGGUUUAUCGGGGCUGAUUAGGAGGAGAGAAAAGGGGGACAGGGGCUCUGAGGGCGAGCCGCUCUCCGUCCUCAGGGGAGUUAAGGACACGGCUGGAGGAGGUCGACACACCGCCGUGGGUCUGGUGCUGAUUCUGGGAGGUUCUGACUGAAGCUGAGGGAGAUGUUAGUGCGGUUCCCCACAUUUCCACCGGAACGCUCUGCUGCUCUUCUCUCCAGCCUCCGACCAUCACUCCUUCUCCUUCGCCGCCGCCGCCGAGGCUCUGAUGAUGAUGUGACCUCUGCGUUCCUCUCCUUUAGCCAGGUGUUCCAGAGAACCACACUGCUCAUUUUCUCCUCCAGCAUGUGAAGAGCAGACUGAACUGUGUGGGCACGACUGAUGGAGAAGCUGGUCUGUUUGUAGGAGCAGAAAUGCGUCUCAGCAGAACGACAUGAUACGACUCAUUGGGUUCAGGACGCCAAAGUCAUUGAUGGCUUUUGUGAUGAGGAGAUGGAAAAUCCUGCUUGUGCUCAACGCCUUCGCCGUGGCCGGUUUCCUGACCUUCUGGGGCAAGUGUAAUAUCCGGACAAGCCGAGGCAGCGGUCAGCAGGUGCCCACUGACACCAGGGGGCAGACGCGCUUGAACGGGUCUGCUUUGGACAGUGGCAUCAUUCAGGAGGUCCUGCUGAAGAGACUUGGCUCGCUAGAAGAUGUAGUCUACAGACAACUUAAUGGUUUGUCCAAGUCUCUCGGUCUCAUUGAGGGCUUUGGAGGCCGGGGCAGAGGAGGCUUGCCUGCCACCCUGAAUCCUAUGGAGGAGAAGGAAGCCAAGUAUCUGCGGGAGAAGUACGGCUACAAUGCGUUCCUGAGUGACAGGAUAUCUCUGGAUAGGUCCAUCCCAGACUACCGCCCCAGCAAGUGCAAGAAGGCCUAUUAUCCCAGAGACCUGCCACAGAUCUCCCUCAUCUUCAUCUUCGUCAACGAGGCGCUGUCGGUCAUCUUGCGCUCCGUCCACUCGGCCGUCAAUCACACUCCCGCCCACCUACUCAAAGAGAUCAUCCUGGUGGAUGACAACAGCGAUGACGAGCAACUGAAAGGGCCUCUGGAAGAGUACGUCAACAAACGCUACCCAGGCCUCGUGAAAAUCGUGCGCAAUCAGAAGAGGGAGGGUCUGAUCCGUGCUCGUAUCGAGGGCUGGAAGGUGGCUACAGGAGAAGUGACGGGAUUUUUUGACGCCCAUGUGGAGUUCACUCCUGCCUGGGCUGAACCAGUUUUGUCCAGGAUCAAGGAGAACCCCAAGAGGAUCAUCCUGCCCUCCAUAGAUAACAUUAAAGACGACACUUUUGAGCUGGAGCGCUACGAAAACUCUGGUCAUGGAUUCAACUGGGAGCUCUGGUGCAUGUACAUCAGUCCUCCCAAACAGUGGUGGGAUGAAGGAGACACUUCUGCACCCAUCAGGACACCUGCGAUGAUAGGCUGCUCGUUCGUGGCCAACCGGGAAUACUUCGGAGAGCUGGGCUUGCUGGACUCAGGGAUGGAUGUCUAUGGAGGAGAGAAUAUAGAGCUCGGAAUCAGGGUUUGGCUGUGUGGAGGCAGUAUGGAGGUCCUGCCUUGCUCCAGGGUGGCCCACAUUGCCAGGACGAAAAAGCCGUACCACAGUAACAUCGCCUUCCACACCAGGCGCAAUGCACUGCGCGUAGCGGAGGUGUGGAUGGACGAGUACAAGUCAAAUGUCUACCUGGCCUGGAACAUUCCUAUGGAGAACCACGGCAUUGAUUAUGGUGAUGUAUCAGAGCGUGUGGCGCUAAGAAACAACCUCCAGUGCAGGAACUUCGAGUGGUACCUCGACAACAUCUACCCUGAGAUGAGGAGAUAUAACAGCACUCUGUUUUACGGGGAGAUUCGCAACAUCAACGUGACCCGUCUGUGUGUGGACCAGGGCGUGAAGGAGAACCACACGGCGACCCUCCACCCCUGCCAUGGCUGGGGCCCUCAGCUGGGUCGCUACACUAAGGAGGGCUUCCUGUUUCUGGGGCCGCUGGGCAGCACCGGGGAGGACACGCGAUGCGUGGUUGAUGAUCGGGUCAGCAGCUUCCCUCAGCUCGUCAACUGCGAGAAAAUGUCCAAUGUACUGCAGAAAACAUGGAACUUUGCACAGAAUGAAUCAAUCGUGAACCGAGCUACAGGACGCUGUCUGGAGGUGGUGCAGGCGAACGUCUACUUCGGCUACGCUCUGGUUCUGCGAUCGUGCACGGGCCAGAGGUGGAACAUCAGGAACACGAUGAGGCAGCGACAGGGACAGUGAGUCAGUCCCCCUCGGACAAAGCCGACGCGCAGGGGAAGACGGGCGUCCUGCUGGGAACUGUCUGGAUUACUUGAAAUGAUGAGUCCGGGUCGUGGAUGAGUUGCUGCUUUGUGUUCUGGACUCCGGUGGAGCACAGCUGAUAGGGCGUGAGUUGGUCUCAGGAGAGGAAGCAUGAAACAUUACUCUGGAGCAUGUGGGGACCACUCCACACUCAAGUGGUCCUCUGUGAACAAGUUGUGACUGCCUGAAACCAAAACAAGACAAUUCUGUGUUCUUCAAAAGGAGUGGUCUACUACUUCUGUACUGCAGGCGUCAGUAUUAAAACAGGGCACAUCCAUCAUCACUGAAAGAAGAAGAGGGAGGCCAUGUGCACAGCAAAAAAAUGACAACAGUUAUUCACAGUGCUGCGAGACACGAUACGCCUUGCACAGGGUGUGGGAUGAUUAAAUAAUAGUAGUUUGAGCCUGUUGAUCAAGUGUGAACAGAGUUGGGCAGUAUUUAAUUGGUUUUGAAUCGUCAUACCGCCUCAAAAUAUCACCAGUGUCAUUUUUUAAAACUAAAACACAUCGAAUACAAAAUUCUGUCUGUCUGUUUGAGUCACAGACCUCCACUAUUAGUUUUUUUUUUCACUUUCAGAUCUUAGUUUUUUUUUUUCACUUUCAGAUUGUAGUUUUUGAUUUUCAGAUUGUAGUUUUUGAUUUUCAGAUAAUAGUUUUCACCUUCAGAUCUUAGUUUUUCACUUUUAGAUCAUUUUUAACUAGUUUUUCACAUUCACAUUUAUUUAUUUUUACUUUCAGAUCAGUUUGUCAUUUUCAGAUUUUUUUUUCACAUUCAGAUCAGUUUUUUACUUUUUAGAUCAUAGUUUUUUUACUUGUAGUGUUUAACAAUCAGACCUUUUUUUACUUGUUGGUUAAGAUUUUUUUCUCUCCACUUGUUUUUCACAUUCAGAUCUUUUUUCACUUGUUUUUUUAUUUGUAGUUUUUAACAUUCAGAUCAGUUUUUAAUCUUUUCACUUUUCACUUUCAGAUCUUUUGGCCUUAACCUUGCGAGGGCAGAGGUGUCAAGUAAUAAACUACAAAUACCUUGUUUCCUUUACUUAAGUAGAAAUAUUGUUUAUUUAUACUUUACUUGAGUUUUUUACAUUUACACACAAUUAUCUGAACAUUCUACUCCUUAUAUUUAAAAAAAUCAUCAUAUAAAUUUUUAAAAAAACAUCAUAUAAAAAAGAAAAGGAAUAAUCCACAGCUAUAAUCCUCUCUGUCGUGUUCAGAACGGUUCACACUACUGGUGAUGUGAACUAAGUAGGGUAAAAAGAGCAGAAUGCGGGAUCUUAGACCCCCGUGUCUGUGAUUGGUCUGAAAAAGUUGUUUGGCCAGUCGGUGUACAGUGUCGCUUUGCCGCGUCAUAUUUAAUUUGCAUAAAGUUGGGAAAAUCUUAAAUCCGUUUGUGUUUUGUGUUUACUAAAAGUUACGCUCUACCAUAGUAAAUGAAUAGUUGCCUGAAUGCAGUGUAACACUCACACAUUCAUAAGCAGCUUUUACCAGUUUACCAGUGACCAAACUUACAGAACCUGCAGAGAAAAAUGCACAUCUGGCUCUGGGAAAUAAAGGCUAGUUUGUAACCGUUUCUGCCUAUUUGUUCUCGUUGCCAGAGCAAGCUUAGCUAGCUAACAGGCUAAACACCACAGCACAGACUGUGCUUUAGCUAACUGAGAAUAAAAUCACUCAGGAUAAAACCUCAUAUCUACGAGCACACAGUCGAGUGAUUGAUGUUAGGGGUGUUUUCAGCUGCUUUUUCUGGGACAUCUUACAGACGACUUCAUUCAGAUUUACCUUCUUUUUCUUUCAUUAAAACCACAUGGCUUAAUUCACAACUAGGGUUUGCGUUUUUUUAUUUUUCACUAAUCUGUGAGCUCCCACAGCAACCCUCGCCACCCUGUGUCUCUCUUAAAUACACAUUAAUUAAUGAGGAAUUUGGGCUGCGUACUAAAUAGAUAAAAAAAAAUAUAUGACACAUAAUACAUAAUCAUUCAUAAUUAUUAAAUAUUGUUAUAUUGCCUCAGUCACUAAGUGUGCAAUAACCACUUUUUUAUUUUUUUGCAUUCCAGAUGGCUUCCCUCUUCAAUUAAACUUUAAAUAUUGUGGUUAUUUUAAAAGCCAUUGGCUUGUUUGGUCUUUCCAUCAAUUUCUAUGUUGGAAAUUUAUACAUUUAUCAUCCCAGGAGAGAAUACUCAUGCAUAGGUAUUGAAUUUGAUAAUGGUGGAUGUGUAGGUUAAUAUAUUUUAAAUCUUCAUGUCAGAGUGGAUAUUAAAGAGGCACUAAACCCCCUGAUUUUAGCUGAUUCCACCCUCAGCUCAAAUUUGAAAAAGGCUAAAAAAAAUGAAAGGGGUAGUUUGGGUGAUGUAUGGGUUUAGAGGCAGGGCAGGAUGGACAGCUGAUUGGCUAAGCUGCAGCAGUGUGCCUCUGAUAGCGUUGAGACGCAGAUGGUUGGACGUCAGAAGGGGGAUAUUAUUGAUGAACAUGUGAGGGCGCUGCAGAGGCAGAAAUUAGUGCAAAAAAGCUUUUUUAAAGAUAAAAAAAUGUUUAUAAAAAAUUUUAAGCAGGACUGGUAUGUUUUUUUCACUUUAAAGGAAAACAUUUCAGCUAAUAAUGACAAAAAAUGGGUUUAGUGCCUCUUUAAAUCUUUCCUUUUUUAUCUUUUAAACAGUGUCAGACAUCCAAAAUAAGAGUUUUCCUUUUUAUGUUCUUUAGAGUUAAGUGAACCAUGUAAUUUAUUACAUUUUUGUUUCUACACAUAAAGUAGCACUCGGUAGCAUGACCUGUUGAUAUGCACAUGGGAAAUAACUGUACAGCGCUGACCUAUGUCAUGAAUUAGGUCUUCCAUUGAACUGAUUGUGUAAUGGUCAUACUGUUUCUCUGGGCCACUCUGAAAGGCAGGUGAAUAAUCUGGAAUAAAUAUAUAUUAUAAAAGAUAUUUUUGAAUUUUAGAGUGAGUGGCAUUACGGUGUGUGUAAACAUCCUGUACUGUAAAACAUCACGUCGACUUUUACUGCUGUUGCUCAUGUUCAAAUGAUUUGGUGAUGGAAAAAAUUCCCCCAUACUGUCUUCCAUUUGAAAAUUCUCUGGUUUGAAUAAAAUGUUGAAUUAUC